CAUAAAGAACGCAACAUGGCGAGAGGAUGGAUGUUAUCAGUUGGUUUCAUAUGUGUAGUGUUGGCCUCUGUAAUACUAUGCAGCAGGAUAUCGCUGUGGAUGUAUUUGCUAUUUUUGUUGUUACUUUUGAGUUUUGCGGCUUUGCUAUUUAACACAGGAAGCUCAAAAGAAAACGAUCUCGUAUGUGUAUUGGUUCUGGGAGAUCUGGGUCGCAGUCCACGAAUGAAUUACCACGCAUUAUCAUUGGCUCGGCACGGUUUCAAAGUUUUGUUAACCGGACAUCUAGAAACAAAUCCUCAUCAAGACGUCUUAAAUCAUGAGAAAAUAAAAAUCUGUUCAUUUCCAGACUUUGAAAUGAUAAAAGCGGGUCCACGAAUUCUUCGGUAUUCUGUUAAAGUGACAGUGCAGUCUAUAAUUCUGUUUUAUACACUGUUGAAGAACGACACCCCUUCUUAUAUCCUCCUUCAGAAUCCUCCAGGAUUACCUAGUAUUGCAGUCACAUGGAUGUUUUGUCUUCUCAGAAGAACCAAACUAAUAAUUGAUUGGCAUAACUAUGGAUAUUCAAUAUUGAGUCUGACAAAUGGACCUAAACACCCAGUUGUGCAUAUUGCAAGAUGGUAUGAGCACAUUUUUGGAAGAGUGUCUCACUAUAACUUAUGUGUAACAAAUGCAAUGAAAGAUGAUUUGCUGGUCAACUGGAAUAUCAGAGCUACAACACUAUAUGACAAGCCUGCUUCUACAUUUCAAGAGAGUCCUUUGGAACUUCAGCACAAGUUAUUCAUGAAACUUUCCACAGUUUACUCUCACUUUAAGGCUCCGUCAGAUUCAGCAAGUCUGGAAGUUGAAAAAUCUGCGUUUACAGAGUUUAACCUGAAAAGUGGCAUUGUUUCUUACCGUAAAGAAAGACCAGCCAUUUUAAUUAGCAGCACAAGCUGGACAGAAGAUGAAGACUUCACAGUUUUGCUAAGAGCUUUGGAAGGUUAUGAGAAGUGCCUUAAAAGUGGAAUCAAACUUCCAUCUCUUGUCUGUGUGAUAACAGGCAAAGGUCCAUUAAAGGAAUAUUAUACAGGAUUAAUUGCUAAGAUGGAGCUUAAGUACAUCCAGAUUUGUACACCAUGGUUAGAAGCUGAAGACUAUCCAGUUUUACUAGGCUCUGCAGAUCUGGGGGUUUGCCUUCACAAAUCAUCCAGUGGUCUGGAUCUUCCUAUGAAAGUAGUUGACAUGUUUGGUUGUUGCCUUCCUGUGUGUGCAAUUAAUUUUCACUGUUUGCAUGAACUUGUAAAACACGAAGAAAAUGGAUUCAUAUUUGAAAAUUCCCAAGAACUUGCUGAGCAGCUGAAGAUAUUAUUUUCAGAUUUUGAGAGUAAUUCAAGCAAACUAAAUCGAUUACGUCAAAAUCUACGUGAAUCUAAACAGAUUCGUUGGGAUGAGAGCUGGGAUCAGACGGUUUUGCCGCUUUUUAAAAGUUGUAAACCAUGAUUACAUUACAGUGGACUCAUUUUACUUUUCAAAAUGGGCACAAUUAUUAUCAUAACACUCAAACUCAUGCAUGGCAAUUUCUUUUUCAAAUAUGUUUUGAGUGUUCAGCUGAACUAGAUGACAAAUGUUUCCAUAUUCUGUGAAUACAAAAAUUGUAAAAUUAAACUUGCUUUUGGAAACUGAAUAGAAA